CGUUCCUUCUGGAGACAGCGGCUGGCCGCCGAACUGAAACAGCUUCGUAGGAGAAACAAAUCAGGAAGAACAGCCAAGGGCAGCGAGGCUGUGGUCACGCGGAGUGGCUGGGUGUGGGACGCCCUAGAUCCGUCGCUGGCCUGCACGUGGAUGGACGAGGAGGGCAUGGAGUUUCUGCUUGAUGCGGUGGAUAGGUUUCCCGUGCGGGAGGAGUUUGCUGAUAACAUUGAACAGCCAGAUCUGGUUCCUCUUCUGUAUUUGCUACAGAACGGGGGCGGCGGAGAGCAAGGUGCUAUUGCGGCGAACCGUGGUUCUGGGGUGGCUCAGUUGGCCGGUGGAGAUGUCUCGCCCGACGAGCAGGGCGAUGCCAGGAGACGGCGAGUUGCGUCUCCGACGAGGUCUGCUCAGUCAACCGACCGAGUUAAUCCAGAGGCCCCUAGCUGGACUAAACGGUUGCAUCUUGGGAGUGCGCCACCAGACCGUUUGCCAUGCCCAUCCAGGAUGACUGCUCUGGAGUUAACAAUCCGCAAAUAUGCGGAGCAACCGGACAAGAGCGUGAUGCGGCCUGAACUAGGCCUCAGCUUCGACUCGUUGGGUGAGGCAUAUGAAUUCUACAAUCUUUAUUCCUGGGAGAUCGGCUUCGGAAUAAGAUAUGGGAAAAGCAGACUAAAUGCUCAGAGGACAAAGACGAUGCAGGAAAUUGUUUGUGGAUGCUCGGGAAAACCGGAAGCAGAGAACAGCAGAUCAUGCUGAUGUGAGUGCCCAGCACUGAUUAGGUUGUUGUGAGUAUCGGACAACAGUUGCUACAUCACUGAACACCGAGAAAAUCACAACCAUUCUCUGUCGCUGACUAUGGGUGAGAAGGUGCACUGGCCGUCACAUAAACACAUAGAUGUUUACACCAAGGAUCUGAUUAGGCAACUAAGGGAAAACAAUGUCAAUUUGGGAAAGGUGUACAACAUAAUUGGGAGUUUCUUCGGGUGUGUUGAGAAGGUGCCAUUCACAAAGAGGACACUCGGGAAUAUAUGUGGAAAGAUUAGCCGUGAACAAGCUGACGAUGAAGUCUGGAAAACGCUUGAAGUGUUUGCUGACAUACGUUCAAGAGAUCCAGGGUUCACCUAUGUGGUGCUGGCUGACAAGACAAGUAAGGUCAAAAAUCUAAUGUGGGCGAAUGGCAGCAGCCGUAUGCAAUACAAAUUCUUUGGGGAUGUGGUAACGUUUGACACGACGUACAGAACAAACCUGUAUGAUAUGCCGUUCGGGUUAUUUGUCGGAGUUAACAAUCAUUACCAGAGCAUCAUCCUGGCGGGGGUGUUAAUGCGCGAUGAUCAAGAAGAGAGCUUCGAGUGGGUUUUCGCGGAAUUUCUUCGUAUGAUGGGCGGGCCUGCCCCCAGAACUAUACUCACAGACCAGUGUAGGGCGAUGGAGGUCACGAUCAGGAGAACUUAUCGUGACACUGUCCACCGUUGGUGCAAGUGGCAUGUCCUCAAGAAGGCGAAGGAAACGUUGGGCCCACUAUACACGAAGAAGAGCGAUUUUCAGGCUGAAUUUCACAAGGUAGUGAACCACAUGUUAACGGAAGAAGAGUUCGAAUCAGCUUGGGCAGCGCUGCUGGAUAAGUACAACUUGAGGAGUCACGCCUACAUGACACAAAUAUAUGAAACCCGGAGGAAAUGGGCCAAGCCAUAUUUCAGGCGUGUGUUUUGCGCAAAGAUGGCAAGCACCCAGCGCAGUGAGAGCGCAAACCACAUGCUGAAGUCAUACAUGCCCCCUGCAAGCCCAAUGCAUGUCUUUGUCAGGCAGUAUAUGAGGCUGCAAUUUGACAGAGAGCGCGAUGAAAGCUACAAGGAGAAGAGGCCCAUGAUAGGGGCCCGGUAAGAUGAACUAACCUCGCGAUAGAGCGCCAUGCCAGCAAAAUAUACACUAGGAACAUGUUCGAGCGGUUUGGCGAGCUCCUGGUUGAAGGAACCGCGUACAAUGUCACUGAAGUCGAUAGGAUGAGGAGAUACAUCACCACUCACAAUAACGCAGCGAAAAGGGAGAAGUGGAGCAGGGUUGAGUAUGAGGUAACAAUAAACGAAGACAUGUCGAUCUUCAGUUGCGAGUGCGGCAAGUUCGAGCAUACUGGCAUGCUUUGCAGCCGUUCGUUGAGGGUGAUGGAAAUUCUUCACAUGGAGGAGAUACCAAAGCAUCACAUCAUGAAGCGGUGGACGAGGGACGCGAGAGAUGUACUGCCUGGGCACCUGGUUCAGUACCAGAAAGACAGUUCACAAAACCUGUCAUUCACAUACAGGCAUGCAACUCUAUAUGUGAAAGCUAUGGAAGUCGUGAGGAUGGGAGACGCAAGUGCUGCAUCAUAUGAUCAUGUGAACGCGGCUCUCGACGCUGUGCUACAGAGUGGGGCAGCAAUUGCGGAGAAGAGAGAUGGCCUGGCUUUCGAGGAUCGGCUCGUUGAACAUACACCUGCAAUACCAGGCCCAAAUGGGGAACUAGCGUUUGUCCCGCUGGGCACUGAACAAUGCCGGAGCCCCGGUCAUUCUGUCAGUGUGAAUGCAAUGCAAAAUCUAGCAGCUCCAGACAAGCAUAGAGGUGCUGGGAGACCGACAAGCAGCCGAGAGAAGGCUCCGUACGAGGGGUUAAGCAAGAGGACAAGAUUCUGCAGCAUAUGCUGCCGCGAAGGUCAUAAGAAGACGAUGUGCCCAGAAAGGGGGGAUGCGCCAAAGAAGCCACGAAAACCUGGCAAAUGCAAGAACUGUGGAAUAGAAGGGCAUCGACGGAAUACAUGCAAGAGGCCGCUUGGGGUUGCCGAGCACUGAGUUGUAUGGAAUCGGAAUGGCUCAUGUUUCAGUGAUUUGGUUGAGCGAUUUUCCUUGAGUGUUUACGGUGGGUGAGCAAUGCAUCUGUAUUUUUAUCAGUGUAGACAGCCUGUGUACGACGAUGUAUCUGAGAGCACAAUCUUUCUUUCUGUAGCGCUAAAACUGAUAACUGAAUUUUCCAGCAGCAGCCGUGGUUCAUGCUGUUCUGUUGCUUCAA